CACUGUGGUCACACCUUCUGUAGGAAAUGCUUGGAGACCGAAGACAGCUUAGGCUGCUUUAAAUGCCCAAGCUGCCGUCAGCAAAACGACCGGUUCUGGCGUCUGCCCACCAACUAUGCUGUCAUGAGUCUCCUGGAGAUGAACUUGGCCAAGAGAGCGAAGGAGCGGGAAGAGAAAAAGGAAGCGGACAAGAGCAACGAGAGUUCGGAUCUCCCUUCGCCCUACGUCCCGCUGUCCGAGAGGAACAGGGCGGUAGCGGAGAACACACAAGUAGACAGAAGCAAACGAACUGAAUCGUAUACGCAGAGACAGGAAUACCGCCGAUAUGGGAGCUAUGACUUGGAUUUAGAGUACCGACGGGUGGUCGCGGAGUUUUCGAGGCAGCGUAAGGAGGGCCUAGGUGGGACUCGACCUCACGACUUCUCUGGCCAGCGCUGGACAGGUCGAUACGGCAGCGAGUAUCGCCCUUUCGGAAGAUACGGAGACUUGGAACCACGUCAGGAGACCUAUGCAGGAGUUCGACAUCGCCCCGGCGAAUGGAGCAGUCGGCGCAACCUUGAGCAUCGACGGUAUGGAGAAUACGAAGCCGAGCUGAGCAGAGAUUCAAACGAAGACAUUGCCCCCUCUGUCUCCACACGAGACGCUACGGGCAGGAGCAACAGGUUUCUCCUCGCCGCCACCGAGAGGGCGAAGCUGCGUCGGGAAGGGAAGGAACGAGCUCGUUCACUCUUCACGAGCGGGCUGGCGGAUUUCUUAAGCUCUGAGGACUCGGACUCUUCUGACGACGAACUCUUGGGCGCCUGCGGUGGGACUACUAGACGUACCCGGCGGAAAGGUCUUUCCAGCGACGAAGAUUUGGACCUCUCUGAAGAUCUUCCUCUUUCCAAGGGGAAGUGGCGCAAGGAAGCGGAAAAAGAGGGGGGGUUGAGGAAAAGGUUUCAGUACAAAGGAACGAAGUGGGACGACUGGGACACGAGGCACUUGAGCAGGACCGGAAGAAGCAGAGGAGGUGAAGACUCGGAGCUCGAGGAGGACCUGCUCUUGUACGCCAUCCAGCUCUCGCAGAAGGAGGCAGAGCAAGAGGACUUCCGACGUCGGGUGUCAGGGCUUUCGAUGUCGACGCGGGGAGUGAGGGAGAGGCAGAGAGAGAUGAGGGAGGAGGAAAGAGCGGAGGAGAGGAGGAGGGAGAGGCAGAGAGAGAAAUGGGAAAGAAUGGGGGAAAAGAGGAAGAGGGAAAGAGAGGAGGAAAGGAAGAGGGAAAGAGAGGAGGAAAAAAGGAAGGAGGAAAGGAGGAAAAAGAGAGACGAGGAAAGGAGGAGGGAGAGGAGAAAGAAGGAAAGAGAGGAGGAGAAAAGGAAUGAGCGGAAGAAUUGGGGAAAAGUGAAGGGAAUAAGCCUGGAGAAGUCUGGAGAGGGGGAGAGGAGGAAGGGGGAAAGAGAGGAGAAAACAAGAAAAUUGAAAGGAAAAGAGGAAAAAUGGAGAAAGUUGGAGACAAAAGAGGGGAAAGGAAAAAAAGCAAUAGGAAAAGAAUAUAAGAUGAAAGGCAAAGAAACAGAAAACAAGAGGAAGCAAGAAAGAGAGGUAGGUGGCAAGAGAGAGAAAUGUGGACAAGAAAAGAAAGGGAAGGAGAAAGAGAAAAAGGUAAAUACCAAGGGAGCGAAAUCUGGAGAAAGGAAGAAAGAAGAGAAAAGAGAAGAUUGGACAAAUAAAGGAAUAAAGAAGAUAGUGAAAAAUGUCAUAUAUUCUGAUACCGAAUCUAACUUUAAUUCCGAAUCUUACUCUGAUUCCAAUUCCAACUCUGAUUCCAAUUCCAACUCAGAUUCCAAUUCCAACUCAGAUUCCAAAUCCAAAUCAGAUUCCAAUUCCAACUCAGAUUCCAAUUCCAAUUUUGAUUCCAAUUCCAACUCAGAUUCCAAUUCCAACUUUGAUUCCUAUUCCGUCUUUAAUUCUCAUUCUCAUUCUCAUUCUGAGGAAGAGACUGAUACUGAUAACGAUGAUGAUGAGAAGGAGGAGGAGGAAAAGAAACAAAGAAAAGAAAGGAAGUCCUGAGUGAUGACGAUGACGCCGACGACAGUGACGACGACGACGGAAAGGAGGCGGAGAGAGGGAGGGAAAGAAGGAGAGAAAACUUUAGCGCCGGACUCAGUCGUUGUGCUCAUGACGAGGGUUUCAACGAAGACGACUUUGGCUUUGUCUCAGUAAAUGUAAUAGAUAUAUUAGUCAAUGUACAUAGAGAGAGAGAAAGAAGAAAAUUGAUCUAUGUGAAAAAAUAUUAGUGUUCGGUCUGGUUUUUUUUAAUGUUUUUCAUAAGGCAGCGAGCAUAAUAUGAUAAAAAAGAAAAAAAUUAUCUUUGAACAUCACCGAAUUUAGCAAGAACCCGCUUCCUCCCUUCCUCGUCAGAAAAUACCGCUUCCUCCCGUUUUAAGUACUGAAAAAAAAACUUUUCUCUCUCUGUGUGUGUCAGCGUUAGUUAAGUACAUGUGUUUGAGAUUAAAAUGUAUAUACCAAACCUCUAGAUUAAUUAACUGAAUAUUAGAGCUGUAUUUCUCAUGCAGUCGACGGGUGGAUCUAGUAAAGUAUACUCAACUAAUCAUCCUCGCGCCAUAAGCGGCCGAGAGUGCUCUAAGGUGCCCGCGCUGAGCAGUUGAGCGCUUGUUUGAUAUUACCCCACAGAAGUAGCCUUAAAGCCGCUUUUUAGCCUUAUUACAUUAAAUUUCUUUUAUGCCGUAACCAAGAGCAAAGCUAAAUCUUAUACUUCCCGCGUUUCUGAUUUUCCCUCGAGCAGCCGACUCCGUACCCCGCCGCCUCGGUCGGUACGGCACUUGGGGUCGAGUCACGAGUGUUCAAGGUAAACUUUUUAAAUGCUUCUUACGGAUUCUGCAGAGCGCUUAUUUUUUACAUAUUUUGAUAAAGUGUAAAGCUAUAUGCAUUAGUCUAGUACUUUUUCCCUUGAUUAACAUAUCACGCUAUAAGUAUAUAUUUUUGUAUAUACAUACUUAGUGUAAAGUAUUGAUUUCCGAUUCCCUCUUAAGGCCUAUAAGUGUCCUGACAAGCAGACUGGUGCCAAAAGAGUAAAGUGUCCCUAAAAUAUCACUAGCAAGAAACUAGCAAGUGAACACCUGGGUUUGUGAAUUACUUUGGUGUUUGUGCGUGUUUGAUUUUUAUCAUUGUCAUUACUAUUAUUAGUAAUCCAUUCUCAUUAUUAUUAUGAUAGUGGCAUUCCAUUAUUAUUAUGGUUAUUAUCAUUAUCAUUAUUAUUAUUCAUGUGAUAAUCAUUAUCAAUAUCAUUGUUGUUGUUGCUGUUAUUUUAGUGCUGCAUUUUUUGUGUUAUGGUUAUAUGAUUGUUUUCAGUAAAUUAUUUAGUUUGCA